AUGUCUAAUAUUCUCCCUUUGAACAAUUCCGAUCUUCAGAAUGCUGGAAGACCGGUUCAUUUCAUCAUACGGUUUGCGAAUGGCGCGCCAGAUGUUAUGAUCCCGGCAGGAACAGUCGCCAAUAUGGGAGAUAUAUCCACAAAAUAUAUACGACAGCAGAUCAGGCUCAAGGAUAGAUCUCUUGCCAAUAAGCGUUUGAAACUCAUUCACAACGGAAAGGUUCUCUUGAAUCAUACCGAUUUCAAAAAGAAAAUGCAUUACCUACUGGAUGAAGAGUCAGAAGGAUCUGAGCCCGUAAAGAUCUACGUGCAUUGCAUAGUUGGAGAAGAGCUGUCGCCAAAAGAAUUAGCCCAGGAGGAAGCUCUCGAUCGCCAACCGGAGAAAAGUACAUCAGAAGCCCCGAAAGGGUUCGACAGAUUGCUUUCCCAAGGGUUUUCUGCUCAGGAUAUUCAAGAAUUGCGUCAACAAUUUCAGCAAAUACACGGAGCAAACUUAGAUAAUCAAUCACCAGAGGCUCUUCGGGAAUUAGAGGACAGAUGGAUCGAUAGUACAGUUAACAAUGAGAUCGAUGAGUUUCCGGCGAAUAUAGGGCCAAUAGGAGGGGGAGGAGCUGGAGGCGUGGGCCCUGUGUCACGAGAUGGGGAUGCACAUAAGGAUCUUUUGAUUGGGGUAGCUAUAGGGUAUUUCUUAGGUAUUUUCGCACUAUUUCUGAUCAAGUUGGAGGUUGGGGGUAUACUGAAUAAGCGGACGAAAAUGGCUGUCUUUGCGGGGGUAUUUGUGAAUUUAAGUUUUGGCUUUGUUAAGGCAUGGUCAUAA